AUGAAGCACUUGCAGGCGAAGGUCGAAUAUUUAGAGCACGAGAAUGCCAGCAAGGAUGAUUGGUGUCGAAAACGAGACGAGGCCGCGCGGAAGUUGGAGGGAACGCUGCGCACGAAGGAAAGUAGCUUUGAGGCCCAGCUGGCCAGAAAAGACCAGGAGCUGGAAGCCAAAAUCCAGGACAUCAGAGGUCUGGAAGCGAAGGUCAGAAACCUGGAGGAUCAGGUCCUCUUCGAUCGGCGGCAGGUCGAGGAGAUCAAGAGUGCUCACCACGCCCUCUACCAGGAGAAGGCCACGAGAGAACGGGAGCUCCAGGAGAAAUCAGAGGAGCUGACCAAAUUCCUGCUGGAACUUGACGCGAAGUCAGCGGGAGACGUGCCCUCCGCGAUCAAAGGAUCCUGCGAGGCUUUCGAAGAUGCCGAGAACUCGCGGCUCAAGGAGCAGUUGGCCAAGUCUGAGGCCGACUUGCUGAUGUUGCAGCAGUGGCAUGCGCAGAUGGCCUAG